CAGCGAAUGCAACUAGUUGAAAAAUAGAGAUGUCAUUAAUAGAGUAUAGUAUGGGGGAAAACAAAGGUCAAAGUCAGGCGCAUCGAGUUGAAAGCUUGUCUCUCAGUUCUUGCAGUUCCAUCGCGCCUAACUGAUCUGUCAUGGCAGAAAUGUGCAAACUAGAAACGUCGCUACCAAUAGAAGACUUUGAGGGACUUAUGAAACAAUCACUUGGAUCUGGUUUAGAAAUAAAGCACGUAACAUGGAAACAUUUAACUGAUCCAGGAGAAAAUUUUGGCAGUCUUAUAGUGGCAGUUACUAUCAAUUUCAUACAAAAUUUUUCAUCAAAGACGAUGAACUUAGUUGUUAAACUUCCACCAGAAUCUCCCUAUCAAAUGGAUUUAUUUAAUAGUCCAUUGACAUUUAAAAAAGAAUUGAAAUUUUAUAGUGACGUUGCACCAGCACUUGCAGAUAUUUAUCAUUCGCUUAAUUUGAAAAAUGAAUUUUUCAUACCACGCUUCAUUGGGGGAAGAUUAGGUUUAAAAAGUCCUGACAAAUUUGAUUCUCAGGCUGCCAUUAUUUUAGAGAAUCUUACAUUAUCUGGUUAUACCGUAGAAGAUCGAAUUAUGGGAAUGGAUUUGGAUCAUGUUAAAUUUGCUGUUAAAAAAUUGGCUAAGUUACAUGCAAUGAUAAUUGGUUUAAAAGUCAAGAGACGAGAUUUCUUUGAAAACACUGUACUACCUACUCUAGUACCCCCAGGUAAUGAAACUGCGCUGAGGGCUGUUAAGGAUAUGAUUAAUAAAGCUCAUGAAAAUUUAAAAUGUAUAGAAGAAGCUAAACCAUAUUUAGAAAGUAUUGAAGCUACAUUAAAAUCUUUCAGCAUGGAUAAUGUAAUUAAUAAAGAAGAUUUAUGGACAACAAUUGUACAUAAUGAUUUUUGGGUUAACAAUAUGUUGUUUCGCCAUGAUGCUUCUGGUAAUAUAAUUGAUUUAAAAAUAGUUGAUUUUCAACUUUGCAUUUGUAGCUACGGCAUAGAAGAUCUUAUAUUUUUCUUAAUCUCAAGCUCUAAAAAAGAAAUUCUUGAUAAUAACUUAGAUGAUAUGAUUGAUUUAUAUUACGAUUCUUUUAUCGACGUUUUAAAAACGUUAGAAAUUUAUACGGAGCAUUACAAUAAAAGUAAAUUUUUAGAAUUGUUGAAUAAACAUGCACAUAGAAAAUUUUCACAGUGCAUUUUUAUGGUUCAAGUAAUACAAGCUUCUCGAAUCAGUCGUUCAGAAUUGAAAAAUAAUGAUAAUAAUGUAGAUUUGCUUAAAAGAGAAUCAAACAAUAUAGGCAAUCAAAAAUUGUUACAUAUAGUGAAAACAUUUGAAAGAAAGAAUUGGUUAUUAAAAUAAAAUAAUAUUUUGUUUAAAUUAAAGGAUAGAAUGUUCAAAUUAUGAUGCGUGUUAUAUCAUUAUUUACGAUUAUAAACAAUACUUAUGGAAUAUAAAUAUGUAAUCAAUAUUACAUACUAGAUUAUUUAAAUUAGUAAAAUAAAUCAUACUCACUUCUAAGAUAUCCGCUACCGCAUCCGGUAAAUUGAACUCUCUAACGACUCUUAGACGCACCUGCCUAUUUAUUUCGCUUCGCGAAGAUAAAGGUAAAUCUAUAGCUCGUAGACAACUUGGAGAUUGCCUUAAUUUUUGUUCCCGUUUAAGCAUAGCAGCCAUUGUUGAUGAAUCUGGAACUAAAUAUUUUUCAUAAUGUAAUAUUAUUUGUAAGACUAAAAAAUAAAUAUAGCAUAGUUUAUUUAUAGGAAAAAAAGAAAAACUAUACACAACAUAUACGAUACAUUCCUGUAAAAUAUUAUCGAAAACUAAUUAAUAUAUAAAUGUAAUUGAAAUAAAAGAAAAUGUAAUAUUUCAAAAGAUUAUAUAAAUAAGUGAAAAAUAAAAAGUACCUGGAAA